AUGUCCACUACUCCUGGUAUCAUCAUACCCUUUGACGUCUCAGCGCACUCUCAUCUCGUUCCUUACCUCGCAGCCCUUCAUGCUUCAUGCAUCACACAUGAUCACACAAUCGCUACAUUCUUGCUUCCGCUGUCACACGAGAAGCUGCUAGCGUGGUGGAAGGAGCGCAUUGGGGAGACAAAUGAAGAGAAGAGGGUGAUGCUGCUUCUGGUGAGCGACCUGGAUCCAAACGGCCCCAUCAGGGGCCCGGAGAUCAAAGGAGUCGUCAUGCUAUGGAUGCCAUAUUCAGAGACGGGCUCAUUCCGGGGCUUCGUAGAAAACCUCCUCGUGCACAAAACCCAUCGAGGCAAGGGUGGUGCAAAGGCGCUGAUGAGCGCAAUAGAGGCAGAAGCCUUGAAUCGUGGUCGAACGUUACUGCUACUCGACACCGAGAGCGGCAGCCAGGCAGAAGCAGUUUUCAAGACACUCGGAUACACUGAACUUGGAAAGGUUCCAGGAUACGGCAUGAGCCCAGCAGGAGGCUUGAGAGAUGGCACAUUUUUCUACAAGACGCUUCAGCUAUGA